GCGGGCUGGAACAACAAGUGUUUCACAUCACAACAACAAGUUGCACCGAGGACUCCACUCAACUCCUCUCCCCACGAAAACUUGGAUUAGGGGAACUUUUACAGAGGAAAAGGGCGGAAGAAGAAGAACAAGAAGAAGAAGAAGUUCCAACGCUAACUGUUAAUUAGCUCAUUGGGAUCACCCGGUGCUCCCGCUCCAGCUGCGGGAACACCAGGUUGUUAAAUCAUUUUCCCUUCUUUAUUAGAUCGCCAUUUUGACCGCGCCCGCCAUGUAUAGCAUGAUGGAACACGAAUUGAAGCCCAGCGGGCAGCAGGUUCAUCACGCCGCCCAGGGGAUGUCGCCGAUCCCCGGAAACAUGACGCCCGGGAACGGCGUCUCUCACCCGGGCUCCAAGUCCGCCGUCGUGGUGGACCCGAUGGACAAGGUGAAGCGGCCCAUGAACGCGUUCAUGGUGUGGUCGAGGGGCCAGAGACGCAAAAUGGCCCAAGAAAACCCCAAAAUGCACAACUCCGAGAUCAGCAAGCGCCUCGGGGCCGAAUGGAAGCUGCUGAGCGACGCCGAGAAGCGGCCGUUCAUCGACGAGGCCAAGCGGCUCCGGGCCGUCCACAUGAAGGAGUACCCGGACUACAAGUACAAGCCCCGCCGCAAGACCAAGCCCAUGCUGAAGAAGCACGACGUCCAGGUGCCCAAGUACCCGGCGCUGUCGGCGGGGAACCUGCUCCAGCAGGUGACGGCGGCGCAGGGUCAAGGGGUGAGUCCCAGGAUGGAGAGCUACGGGUGGGGCCCCGCGGGGGGCUACGCCGGGAUGCAAGGCGAGGCGCUCGGCUACACUCAGCAGCUGCACCGCUACGACCUGUCGGCCCUCCAGUACCCCCCCGCCAUGGCGGCGCAGACCUACAUGAACGGGAACAACUCCUACAGCCCGAUGUCGUACACCAGCAGCCCCCAACAGCCCAGCCCCGUCACCAUGUCCAUGGUCAAACCCGAACCGGUGUCCCACUCGCCUCCGACGCCCACCCACCAGCGGGGCGGCCCCCUGCAGGGCGACCUCCGGGACAUGAUCAGCAUGUACAUCCCCGGAGGGGGCGACACGGGAGACCCCGCGGCAGCGGCGGCUGCGGCAGCGGCACAGAGGGGCUACAGCAGCGUCCAGCAGCACUACCUCAGCGGGACCGUCCCGCUCACACACAUCUAGACCCCCCCCCCCCCCCGACCCCCAAAGUGUACAUAUUGGCUUUUUUUAGUCCUUUUUAGACCCAGCAUUCAGCUCCGGCUGACCUGAGACCAGCCGAUACAACAAAACGCUUUGUUUUGUUUUGGAUGGAUGACGCCGCCCAAUGGGGGGACCACUUUUCUUCUUCGAUAUUCUUUGAAAUAAAUGAACCAACGUGUUUUUAAUCUUAGCUUUUCCUCUUGACGUGGACACCGUUUGUUUUUAGGCUUACGUUAACGCUCUCCAGGGCCGCUUGAGCCCACAGGGGCCGCAGGUUGCCCACCCCUGCUGCUUUAUGGACCUAAAAGGGAAAUGUUUUUUAGUUGGAGGCGUCCGGUACUAACUACACACUUUUUGGAAGAAAAGGAGAAGGGAAAAAGCUGUGAUGUGUGAAUGUUUACAUUUUGAAAAAGAAAUUAACUUUCUAUUUUCCCUAUAGAUUUUAUUCUGUGUAUAAAUGCAGAAAGAUAGUUACUGUAUGUAGCAUUCUUGUAAAUAAUGUACACAUUUUCAGGUUCUUAUACUAAGAGCCCUUUUUUAGAGAAAAAAAAUCUUUAUGGAUUUCAUGACUAUUAAUAAAAUGUAAAAAAAAAAUGUAAUUUUUGUAUUUUCAUGUUUAAAAUAUAUUUGUUGUGUGCGUAGUUUAAAUUGUGUAGUUUUAUUUUUAAUUGAAAUAGCGGGUGACAACGUGCUCAUGAUUGUGUAUAUAUUUUUGA